CGUCAGUUAGAAUCAGACGCGGAUCUGGGAUGUUGCAAAGUAUUUGCUCCCUGUUUACUUAUUUUUUUACAAGUGUUUGACACUUGAAAAUAUUAGAAAUAUUUAAGUGAACAGUUUUAAAAUUACUCGGUAAUUAGUUGAAAUAAGACAUCAUGGAUCAAUUGUACAAAUAUAAUGGUAUUACGUUGCGGCGUAUGAACAGAGUGCAAUUUAAAGAGCAUUACUUUCAAAGAAAGCAAAAACGAAGCCAAGCCUUCGAUGAUCAGAGAUUUUUGAUGGCAUGCGAUGAUAGCUUCAAUGAAGAACAACCUGAAAAUGCUGAAAAAAAGUUACACUCGAACAUCAAGUGCCGAGGAAAAACAAGAAUCCCCGUGAGAUGUGUUUUUAAAACGUGCGAUGGGGCACGAAGGAUACUCACGUGUGUAACAGAAGAAAAGCCAAAGCCAUUUGUUGUCGGAAAGGUUCGACAUAAAAUUCAUUCCCCGCCAUUUUUACAUAAUCCAUUGAAAACUUCAGAAGCUCAAACUCCAUAUUUACCUAUGACUUAUCAGUCUGUUAUUCCGGAAAAUUAUAAAUUCACCGCUCCAAAAGGUCUAGCACAUUUCAAAUAUACAACUCCAAAGACAUCCGAAAAUUCGCCAUUUACUUUAAAAUCUUUAUUAUUACCUAGAAUUAAACGAUUUACUAAUUCUCCACUGGAACAAGAACAUACUGAGCGAAGUUUACAUAAAGUUAAAAGAGAGUUAUGGACUGACGAAGAACCACCAAUUUUCGGAAGAACUAAUGUUGCUAAAGCCCUUGAGAAAGAGUACAAUAAAGAUUUGGAUAGUCAAGAUGGGGUAGCUAUAGUACCAUCAACUUCAAAUUCCGUUCAAAAAGUGUGCACCAAUUCAAAAAUCGACUCAGAAAAAAUUGAGAUAUCGGUCAGUUUGAGUUUCGAAGUCGAAAAGGAUGAAAGCUUCGUCGAUAGAGCAAAUAUUUCUUCGAACGACGUUCGGAAAACUAAAAAAGCUACACAAUAUUCAUCACAAAUGGAUGAACUUCAAACUUCAUUAAAGUACCUUGAUGCAGACGCCGAUAGGGAAGCAGAGAAAGAAAAUGGAGUUGAGGCUAUUGAAAAAAGUAUUAAUCGUCUUAAUGAAUUGAAAAGCAGCAAACAAAUUUCAGAAAGUUGUGUGCCUACAAGAUACCAAUCGCAUAUCCCUGUUAAACAUCAUGGUUCGAUUUCGAUGCAUGAAGGUAUCACCAAAAUCCAAAAAAUUUCAUCAAGCUCAACUGAGAAUACCAAAAAAGAUACUUCACAUCCAUCACAACUAAACCAAAGCCUAAAUCACGCAUCAUCUAAGAACUACGAAAGAGAGACCGAUAGUGAUGAGGAAAUCGAAAAUGAAGCUAAGACAGUCGAACAAAGCGACUAUCUGUUAUAUGAAUUGAAAACCGUUAAGCCCACUUCUGAAAGAUCGGAGCCUUUAAAAGUACAACCAAAUACCAAAGUUAGUCACAAAGGUUCCCCGUUGAUGCAGAAAACCGUUUCCGAAAGCCCGAAGCGUUUAUUAAACAAAUCUUUGAAAAUCAAAAUAGCUACUCCACAUCCAUCGCAACUGAAUAAAAGCUCUGCUCACUUGUCAUCUAAGAAUUUCGAAAGAGAGACCGAUAGUAAUGAGGAGAUCGAAAAUCAAGCUAAGACAGUCCAACAUAGCGACUGCAGACAUCAUGGUUCGAUUUCGAUCCAUGAAGGUAUCACCAAAAUCCAAAAAAUGUCAUCAAGCUCAACUGUGAAUUCCAAAAAAGAUACUUCACAUCCAUCACAACUAAACCAAAGCCUAAAUCACGCGUCAUCUAAGAACUUCGAAAGAGAGACCGAUAGUGAUGAAGAGAUCGAAAAUCAAGCUAAGACAGUCGAACAAAACGAGAAUAUGUUAGAUGAAUUGAAAACUGAUGAACCUACUUCCGAAAGUUCGGAGUCUUUAAAACUACAAUCGAAUACAAAUGUUUGUGACAAAGUAAGCAGACAUCAUCUCAUUUCCAUCGAAACCAAAAAAGACAGUCCACAUCCAUCGCAACUGAAUAAAAGUUCUGCUCACGCAUCAUCAAAGAUCUUCGAAAGAGAGACCGAUAGUGAUGAGGAGAUCGAAAAUCAAGCUAAGACAGUCGAACAAAGCGACUAUCUGUUAGAUGAAUUGGAAACCGAUAAAUCCAUAUCUGUAAGUUCGGUGCCUACAAAAGAACAAUCAAAUACCAAAGUUAGUCACAAAGGUUCCCUAUCGUUGCAUGAAGGUUUUGCCAAAAUCCAAAAAAUUUCAUCAAGCUCCACUCUGAAAACCAAAAAAGACACUCCACAUUCAUCGGAGCUGAAUGAAAGCUCUGCUCACUUGUCAUCUAAGAAUUUCGAAAGAGAGACCGAUAGUUAUGAGGAGAUCGAAAAUCAAGCUAAGACAGUCGAACAAAGCGAAUAUAUGUUAGAUGAAUUGAAAACUGAUGAACCUACUCCCGAAAGUUCGGAGCCUUUAAAACAACAAUCAAAUACUAAUGUUUGUGACAAAGUAAGCAGACAUCAUCUCAUUUCCAUCGAAACCAAAAAAGACAGUUCACAUCCAUCGCAACUGAAUAAAAACUCUGCUCACGUUUCAUCUAAGAAUUUCGAAAGAGAGACCGAUAGUAAUGAGGAGAUCGAAAAUCAAGUUGAGACAGACGAACAAAGCGACUAUCUGUUAGAUGAAUUGAAAACCGUUAAACCUACUUCUGAAAGAUCGGAGCCUUCAAAACUACAACCAAAUACCAAAGUUAGUCACAAAGGUUCCCCGUUCAUGCAGAAAAUCGUCUCCGAAAGCCCGAAGCGUUUAUUAAACAAAUCUUUGAAAAUCAAAAUAGCUACUCCACAUCCAUCGCAACUGAAUAAAAGCUCUGCUCACUUGUCAUCUAAGAAUUUCGAAAAAGAGACCGAUAGUAAUGAGGAGAUCGAAAGUCAUGCUGAGACAGUCGAACAUUGCGACUUUCCGUUAGAUGCAUCGAAAACCGAUAAAUCUAUAUCUAAAAAUACGGUACCUACAAAAGAACAACCAAAUACCAAAGUUAGUCACAAUGGUUCCCCGUUGAUGCAGAAAACCGUCUCCGAAAGCCCUAAGCGUUUGUUGAACAAAUCUUUGAAAAUCAAAAUAGCUACUCCACAUCCAUCGCAACUGAAUAAAAGCUCUGCUCACGUGUCAUCUGAGAAUUUCGAAAGAGAGUCGGACAGUGAUGAGGAGAUCGAAAAUCAAGCUAAGACAGUCCAACAUAGCGACUGUAGACAUCAUGUUUCAAUUUCGAUGCACGAAGGUGACACAAAAAUCCAAACCACUUCAAGGAACUCCGUUCUGGAAACCAAAACAGAUUCACCACGUCCAUCUCAACUCAAUAACAGCCUAAUUUCUUACAUUAAAUCUAAGAUUUGGGGAUUAGUUACCGAUAGUGAAGCAGAAAUCGAAAAUCAAAUCGAAGAUCGUGUCGAGCAAAGCGUCAUGAAUGAAUCAACAACUGGUAAACUUAUUGCUGAAAGUUUGGUUCCUUCAAAUAAACAAUCUAAUACCAAAGUUAGCCACGAUGGAUCAAUUUCGACUUUAGGACGCAUCCCAACUGACAUACGUUUAAGUCACUCUCAAAGAACGAAAGAUGAUUCUAUACAUCCACUGAGACUAAACAAAAGCUUAGGUGAUCCGUCGUCCAAAAAUUCCGAAAAAUUUCAAGUUAGACAAGCGGAAGUUAAAAAUCAUGUUUUUACCGAUGAACAUUGUGUCCCUUCAUCGAACGUAUUAACAACGAACAAAGCCACUAUAGAAAAUUUGAUUCUAUCAAAUAAAGAAUCAAAUACUAAUAUUUGCAACAAGCCCUUAGUUUCGAUGUCUGAAGGCAUCCCCAUAAUCCGAAAUACUUCAGAAUGUAUGAUGCAUUCAAAUAAACAAUUGAAUCAUAAAAUUACUGGCCAGGAUCCAAUUACGUUUUCUGAAGGCGUUUCCACCUUUCCAAAAAUUAUCAUCGAAUGUACUCGUUCCCCUGAGCGAAUUGCAAAAAAAAUAGAAAAAUUAUGCGAUGGUUUAGAUGAAUGCCCAAUUACUGUAUUGAAAAAACCUUCAGAGAAAAUCAUGAAGACAGAAGUGAUAGACCUGGUUUCAGAUGAAGAGGAAGAAGAUUCGUACAAAACUUUUAUUCAAAGGGUAUUAAAUAACUGCGCGAAACAUCAACGAUUAUCAAAUGCUUGUGCAACUUCUCCACUUUUAAAUUCGAAAACCAACAUUAGUCCGGUCGAAACUCCAAAAGUUGUUAGGCGAAAAAAAAGGGAAGCAUCUGCAAACUCUUCACUGGUGGCAUCUCAUCUUACUGCAAAAACCAACGUUAGUCCGGUCGAAACUCCAAAAGUUGGUAGAAGAGAGAAAAAGGAAGCAUCUGCAAACUUUUCAUCAUCAGCUUUACCUCACACUCCAAAAAUUAACAUUAGUCCGGCCAAAACUCCAAAAGUUGGUAGAAGAAAAAAAAAAGAAGCAUCAGAAAACUCUUCACUGAGGCCAUCCCUUGUCACUCCACAAACCAACAUUAGUCCGGUAAAAACUCCAAAAGUUGGUAGAAGAAAAAAAAAAGAAGCAUCAGAAAACUCUUCACUGGGGCCAUUCCUUCUCACUCCACAAACCAACAUUAGUCCAGUCAAAACUCCAAAAGUUGUUGGAAGAAAAAAAAAAGAAGCAUCAGAAAACUCUUCACUGGGGACAUCCCUUCUCAUUCCACAAACCAACAUUAGUCCAGUCAAAACUCCAAAAGUUGUUGGAAGAAAAAAAAAAGAAGCAUCAGAAAACUCUUCACUGGGGCCAUCCCUUCUCACUCCAGAAAUCAACAUUAGUCCGGCCAAAACUCCAAAAGUUGUUGGAAGAAAAAAAAAAGAAGCAUUAGCAAACUCUUCACCGGGACCAUCCCUUCUCACUCCAGUAAGAGUUCUAAAUCUGCGCAGUCGAAAUGUAGAGGUUUCUCCAUCUCCUAGCAAGUCAACACCAAGGAGACGAAGAAAAAAGGAUGAAGUUAGAGUUUAAAUCAAGAACAAAGAAUUGAACUAAUAUGUUUCGCAGCUUAAGAGAUUAAAUAUUGUAAUGUAUAUAUGUUUAUUUAAAUUUUUUAAAUUUGAUUAUGUAUAUAAUAUCUAUUUAUUUGUAUUAACUUGUAGAAUUUGUUGAAAAGUAUUUGUAUUAAAAGUUCGAAAAGCGUCGAGUGAAAAAGUAUUUUUGUUUUAAAAUAUACAUUUGUAUAGAUACAGUAAGAUUCAGAAUACAAUUACUACUUAAAAUUUUUUAUUAAGUCGUAGACUAUUGAAUGAAUUUUUUUGUUAUAACAUUUUUUGGAUUAUUUCCUUAAAAUUUGUUAUUAGUAGUACAUUUUACCAAGAUUUAUCAAAUAAAUGAUCGAACAAAAUU